AUGUGAUCCGGUCAUGUGAUCCGUCAUUAUCAACACUGCUGUCCAUCAUGGCGGCGGCUACGUCUGUUUUCCACAGAGUGAGAACUGGCUCUAAGAUCGGAGCCCAGUAUGACCAAGACGGAAACCUCAUUCAGGUGGAAGCCCGAGAGGAUGAGGAGCAGAGCAUCAAGCUGGCAGAGAUCCUGGAGCUGCUGCUGGCUGCUGGCUACUUCAGAGCCCGGAUUAAAGGACUAUCCCCAUUUGAUAAGGUGGUAGGUGGUAUGACCUGGUGCAUCACCACCUGUAACUUCGAUAUCGAUGUGGAUCUACUUUUCCAAGAAAACUCAACCAUAGGCCAGAAAAUAGCUCUGACGGAAAAAAUAGUCUCUGUGCUACCGAAAAUGAAGUGUCCUCAUCGCCUCGAGCCCCAUCAGAUCCAAGGGCUGGAUUUUAUCCACAUUUUUCCAGUGAUACAGUGGCUGGUGAAGCGAGCCAUAGAGACCAGGGAAGAGAUGGGCGACUAUGUGAGAGCCUACUCCAUUUCUCAGUUCCAGAAGACCCACAGCCUGCCAGAGGAUGAAGAGCUCCUCCAGAGGAAAGACAAGGCUGUUAGGACCGUUCUGGAUGUGUUGGAAGUGUACAAACCCCAGAGGAAGUACAGGAGGCAGAGGGAUGCAGGGGAGCUGCUGGAUGAGGAGUCCAGGGUUCACUCCACUCUGCUGGAAUAUGGCAGAAUGUCACAUGUCCUCCUGCGUUAUGGAUUCAGCAAACAGUCCAAACAAGGCGAGGUAGGCUGCUCAAGGAUUUGUCUUUUACAAUGGAACAGUUGUUUUUUUGCUUGGAGAGUUUUGCAAAGAGUAUUUAAUUUCCCAUUUAUCACUUCUCAGCCCUAAACAGUGAGAAGCACUCCUGUAUGUCCACUCCCACCACCACUGCUACUGGGGGUUCAGUAGUGAGGCGUGUCAGGAGAAGAUUAGCAGACACAUACAUGCUGGACAAGAACACCCCUGCACUGGGAAUGGUAUCAUCCAUGUCGCUUGUAAUGACGAUUCCAACCGGACUUCUGAAAUUUGAAAAUGAGAUUUUAGCAGACUCCUUCACUAGCUUAAUGUGGCGGGUCCUGUUUCUCCACAUCAGUAGCUUUAACCUGAUCCACACAACCAAACCGGCUCGCUCACGUCUGGCACCGCUGCCAUCACCUCUCCAGUCAUAAACUCACCAGCUCCCCCUUGAGCCCAGCUACUCUCAAAGACCAUUCCAGUUAUUAGUCUGAGAUCACAGCAUGAAACUAACCUUUGCAGACAGAAUCUCAGAACUAUAGAAAGUAUAUUUCUGCUGUAGCUCAUAACUACCAUGGCUUUAUUAAUGAAGGAUCACACAGCACAGAGUCCUUCACAAUCUAUCGUCUGAUCUCUGACCAGACGUGGCUCAGCUGUAAUGUCACUGUCCUUGUUAAAACCUGCUCACCCAACUACAGGUUUUAAUCUCACUGAGGCAGAAUCGGGGGGGGGGGGGGCACUAUUCAGUGCUUUGGUAUGUUGUGUUGAUUUCUCCACAUAUGAGCACACUGCAUUUACUUUAAAGGCGGAGCAGCAGGUACUCAUACUGACAGUAUCGACAGGUUAUCUUUCAUAGUUUUCAGAGCUUAUGUCGCUCAUUAUCACUAACAGAGAGUAAUUAUAAAUGGUCAUAUUAAUAUCCAUGUAAAUAAUGUAUCUGACACCAAAACUACAAAAUCCCUCAAUAUCUUGUACAGCCUAGAACUUAAUCAGCAUGUUGCUCAGAGUAACUGCAGUGAGCGGCUCCUCCACAGUAGCACAGAGUCUCUCCCUAGCGCUAACGAUGAGGUUACAUCAUCAAGCAGUUCAAUACAGUCCCAUAGCUAUGCAGAUGACACACAAGUAUACAGUUGUGUUGAUCCAACUAACACUGAUGUCGUAUCGUCUCUGACUGCCAGUAGAGUCAGAAAGAAGUGAGCUGACCAGACUUCUGUAGCUUUUUUUAAACAAAAGAACACACAAUGGGUUCAGUCCACAGGGGAUAGACCAAUAAGAAGAGAGCCUGUAUAUGUAUAU